AUGGCCCGAUGGCCGAGCGAUAGCGGCACCACCUGCAAUCCUACUUGUGCAUUCAAUGCAUCGGCUCGCAAGCGCAUCUACUUACGCUCAGUCCUCGUGCUGACGCCUACAGGGAUUGAAAGACUGCACGAUUGGGACCUACGCCUACGAGUCGCAACACCAAACGACGACGACGACGACGACGACGACGACGACGACGACGACGACGACGACGACGACGACAUGUCGGAUGUCUUGCUCGUUCACGAAGCCCGUUCGGAUUGCUGCCACGGCGUUCGAAAUUUGCAUCGUCAUCCCGACGAGGGCUGA